CCGGAAUGGCUGGAGUUUUAAAGGGUUUUCUGGAUUAUCCCUGAGCAGCCACGGCGCGGUUGAGACGGAAGAGUACCCUUGCUGCGCGUUGUCCUCGCAGCCGGCGGAAAGUGAGCGUGCACUCGAAAAUCUAGGGCUCCUGUGAUCCUUUUUAUCAGCGCCAUGGCAGUCCCAGGUUGCAACAAGGAUAGUGUUCGAGCAGGCUGUAAAAAAUGUGGCUACCCCGGUCACCUGACUUUUGAAUGCCGCAAUUUUCUCCGAGUAGACCCCCAAAGGGACAUAGUUUUGGAUGUCAGCAGUACCAGCAGUGAGGAGAGUGAUGAAGAGAAUGAGGAGCUGAAUAAAUUGCAGGCAUUACAAGAAAAAAGAAUAAAUGAAGAGGAGGAGAAGAAAAAAGAAAAAAGCAAAGAGAAAACCAAGUUGAAAAAAAAAAGGAAAAGGUCUUACUCAUCGAGUUCAGCUGAAGAGGACACUUCAAAACAAAAGAAACAAAAAUAUCAGAAGAAAGAAAAGAAAAAAGAAAAAAAGAACAAGUCCAAAAAGGGGAAACAUCACAAAAAGGAAAAAAAGAAGAGAAAAAAGGAAAAGCAUUCUUCCACCCCUACUGCUUCUGAAGUCUCCAGAAAGUAACUGAGACUGUGGCUCAAGCCAUUACAUUUAAACGUUGAUUUUGAAAAUCAUUUCACCUUUCUUGGAAUUUGCUAUAUAAUUUUGCUUUCCAAUAAAUCACAGGCUUGUCCAGAUAAACAUUUUUUUUCAUAUAUAGGACCAUUAUCCUCUGGCAAUAUAUUUUUAAUGUACUGUGAUUAUGAAGUAUUGAAUUAGUCUUGCUACUUGAUGGCCAUGCCACAAGUAUGAUUAUCUAUAGAUGCAAAACACAUCAGUUUUGGUAUUUGUGUCUCCAUGUUUGACUAGUAUUUUUUACUUCCUAAGUUGAUUGUAAAUGGCUUUACUACAGGCUACAUAGGUAAUCUACCUGGCCGGUCAGUGAGUAUUCCUGAAUCAAGUGUCUGCCUUCCAGUGAUACAGCAAGGUAGGGGAGGAUGCUUCCCUCUUGACACUGAUAAACUGAGUAGAUUUUUAUAUCCUAUGAUAAUGUAAGAUAAUAUUCUUCACUUGUUUUUUAAUCUCUGGCUUUUUUUUAAAGUCAUAGAAGAUGAAGCUGAUUUAUUGAUCUUGACAAGGACUUUUUGAAUGAAUGGUAUCAACAGGAAGAGGAUAAUGAAAAUAUAACAAAGUUUCAUUGUUUUAUGACAUGCAGCUAGUACCUGCCUCCUUUGUUUUUAUAACUAUGAAAAUAUUUCUUCCUCUUUAAAAAGACAAAUCUAGUUCAGCCUGUUAGUAAGUCUCACAGAGAUAAUGUUGUGUUGGGCAGGAUUUUUAGGAUAGACUCUGGGGUGGUUUUACAAAUGUGCCAUAUUGGCAUGUCUCAAAGUGAUACCUCAAACACAGAACUUUUUAUUGAGAAAGAUGACAGCUAAAUCUUCAUUAGAGCUGACUUUUGUUGUAUCCAGUAUAUAAAUUUUAUGGAGCUUGUUUCUAUAUGAGUAAUGUGGAAAAUGUUUUAUAAAUGUGAACAUAUUUAUUUGUCUGAAAUAAUUUGUAGUUUUGAAGCAGGUUUCACACUGAAUUUAUGGUUUCAUAAAUGACCGGUUUGGAGUGUUUCUCUCUGUUAUUUCAGUCAUAAACCUCAGGAGCAGUGACAAAAAUUUAGGGUUAAGAAUUUCAUUCUGUACUUUUUAAAACUUCAGAACCAGGGAGUUGCAUCAUGAAAGUCUUUAUAUAACAAUGGAAAUUUUAUAUGGGUAAGAAUUUGCAAACACAUAGUAGAUAUAAGUGUGUUUUACAUUUUAAAACACAAUGAUCAGUGUUAGUUACUUUGCUUAAUAUUCAGGUAUCACUUAUGCCCAUAACUUAAUACUUUUCAUUGUAGCAGCAUCAGAAGUCAAUCCAUUAUCAGUGCACAGUACCAAAGAUGGCAGGUACCUCACUGUGGUGCAGUUACAAAUUUUCAAAUCGAUAACCUACAGACAUGGCUUCAGAUGAAUUCAUUAUGGUGAAAUCAGGUAAGUACACAUAACCACACAGGCUGGAAAGGUGUACUCAUUCUUUCUUCACCCAACACCCCUCCCUGGCAUGACCUCAGUAAGCUUGGGAGAGCCUCAUAAUUCCACUUAAUAUAUGCUUACCAUGCUCAAGUUCAGGGAUGCCACACGCGCACCCAUCCUGUACCACUAUAGCCAUGGCAGCCUCACACCGAUAGCUUUUCCAUGGCCAAUUUUAGUCACAGGGCCACAGAAAGAGAUUGUCUUCUUUAAGUUAGGUAUAGUCAGUUCUUUGGAGAGAAACACAGAGCUAUUAGGUUUUUAAAGGCUCAUUUUGCCAUUGCUUUAUUUUAUGUAUUUUUGAAAUCUGUAUUUUCUGAAAAUACAGGUCUUUGGCUAUCAACAUGAAAAAAACAGUAAGAUUAGCUUUUUAAAUGAUUGGAAAGUGCUGUGUAUAAAGGGUGGCCUUACCCCACUGAGUGUGUAACAUGGUUCAAUACGACAGUUGAGUGAGCAGGGUUAAUUAUCUGUAAGUUUUGUUUGUGUUAGUUGUCAAGAUUACAGUUUGGCUAAGUUUUUUCACAAUGAUGACUCGGUGAAUAAUGGUUCAGAAGAGUCACAUAAAAUCCAGCUGCAAUUAACUAUAUUGAAUGCAAAUUAAAAGAUUUUAAUGCUCAAUAAUUAUUUCCCCCUGGAAACAGUCUUGGAAUUAUUCUUAAGUAAAUUUUUAUCAUAUGAGAGUAGUUUGUGAAAUAUCUCAUCUGAAUAAAAUAAAUUUAUUUUUACUCAA